AUGUCUACCUCACCCUCCAAUCCCGCACCGAUGUCGGUGCCGCACCUCGUGCUUCGCGUCAACGACCACUCCAAGUCGCUCUCGCCUCCCGACGGCCGCGAGGUCCGUGAGACACGCGAAUCCCGUGACACCCCCACCCGAAUCCCCACGCCUUCGGGGGCGUCGGAUCACGCUACGUCCCCGUCGUCGCACCGCGGCGGCCACAGCCAGCGGGAUAGCGUUUCUCAUUCGCCGGUCAACACCAUGAACAACUCGAACGGAAGUCCUUUGAAGCGCGAGACGCCGCCUGGCGACGAGGAGAUUGACGAGCUUCGUGACGACGAGGCAGGUGCCGCUUCGUCUACGCCAACCGCCCAUGCCCCACCCCCUCCGCAGCCGCAGCAGCAGCCGCCCGCCCCUCCAGCCGCCCGCCCCUCCUGCGGCGCGCCCCGUUCCCGCGCCUCAACCCUCUCCGGCUGUGCCGAGCCCCAAGCCUGCGGGAUCGUCCGGAUCGAAGAGCCGCAAGAGUUCGUGCGACUUGUGUCAUCAUCGCAAGAUCAAGAGGAGACAGAGGCGAACAACCCGCACAACGCCGCCCGUCGCGCCGCAGCGGCGGCCGCACAGGCCCAAGCCAAGGCGGCUGCGGCGGCCGCGAACAACCACCACCACCACCUCGACGGACCGUCGCCCAUGCGCAACGUUUCCAACGGUGGCUCUCCCGCGUGGAUGUCGAGCGCAUCUCGCAAGUCGACGGGACUGAACGGAAGCCGUCCCGCUUCCGCGGCCGGAAGUAGCCACGCGGACCGGAAACGCCGUCUCGACCGCGAGCGGAUCGUUAACGGUUACGGAUCCAGCAGCGACGAGGAGGCCAACGGUGACGUCAGCAUGACUGGAGGUCACGGAUCGCGCAGCGGCAGCCAUAAGCCUUCUCAGCGCACUGUCGACAACGAGCUCGCCGACUUGGUGGACGGUAAUGCGGGAGGCAACGACGAUGAGGUUGACGAGCUGGAGAGCGGCGAUGAGGGCGCUGCCGCCAAGGAUCCGAGGGGUAAGAAGCGCGACGCCUCUGUCGACGACGAGCUCUCCGGCGAGCUCCUCGAGCUUGCCUCUGCUCCCCCCAAGAAGAAGAAGGUCCGCCCAGUUCCCGGCCUUGACCUCACUCGCACUCAGAGCGGCUCACGUCCCCGACCAGUGGCUCGCAACAGUCUGCCCUCCGGCAUGCCCGCUGCGCAGGGCGCCGCUGGUGCUAGCGCCUAUGUCGGUGGUCGUUACGACUCGUACAGCAUGCCGCUUGUCACGCUCAUGGCCUCGCUUCCGUCGUCGGAGACUCAGAACAUCCUCUUCAACACGUUCUUCAACGACCCCUUCCUGACCGAGGGCAUCUCGCUGCUCCAGCCCCAGUUCUUUGAGGACUUCCGCGCCCUCAUGGAGCGCCGUCAUACCUCCAAGCUCCGCGAGGGUGAUGCUACGACGCUUGCCAACGCCUUUGCGUUCCUCGCAGUGGCUCUUCGUGUGCUCCCCGAGGAGACCGGCAAGCUUUUACUCGCCUCCGGUUCGUCGGCUGCCCAGAACGCGCCCCGUUCGGCCAGCAGGAUCAUCGCCGGUCAGCCUGCGUCGUCGGCUGACCCUACGCCCCUUGACCAGCGCUACUUUGAGCUCGCGCUCCUCGCCGCCCAGGUCGCUGAGCAGCGGGAUACGCCGUCGGUCAUGUACGUGGUGCACAAGCUCGUCUUGUUCCGUUACGCCACCCUCGGUUUCCGCAAGGACAAGCUUGUUCUGGCCAGCGGCUGGCUGGCUCAGGCUAUCAAGACCGCUCAGGCCCUUGGUAUGAGCAAGGAGUGGGAGGGCAUCCCGCAGGGCGAGCGCGAGCUCCGCCGCCGUGUCAUGUGGUCCCUUUACGUUGCCGAUCGCCAGUUCUCCUUUGACACGGCCUUCCCGUACACGAUCCUCGACGCUCACCAGGGCAUCCACCUCCCCUCUCCGAUCUCUGAGACGGAUCUCUACCAGCUCCCGCAGGAUGCUCGCACCCUUCCCCCGCACUCGACCGAGGCUGGACCCACGGUCGCCACCGCCCUGUUCAUCCACACGCAUCUGGAUCGCCGCAUCACCCCGAUCCUCGAUUCGUUCGCGACUGUCGGCCCCGCUGGUACGCCCCACGACCUCGUGCUGCGCUUUGACGCCUCGCUCGAUGCGUUCCAGGACGCGCUUCCGCCCUACCUGCGCCUGUUCCCGCUCACCGACACGCGCUACGACAGCGCCAACCCGUACCUUGCGCCGCACCGUGUGCGCCUGCACUCGACGCUGCUCGCGUACCGCCUCGGCGUGCACCGCGCGCACCUCGUGACGUACCUGUCGCCCGUUGGCUCCCCCGGCGUUCGUGCGGUCAUUGCGCAGGUUUGCCUGGCCUCGCUGCGCUGCCAGAAGAGCGCCAAGAUGCUCGACGCCAAGCUCUCGCCCCGCCUGUUCAACCCCGCCACUGUCUUCGAGGCUGCCGCCACCCUCGCUCUGAUCAUGUACGUCGAGCGUGCUGUCGCCGGCCCGAGCAGCCAGCAGUCCAUCGCCAUGUCGACCGAGUACCUUGCCAUGCGCGCUGGGGUCGCGGAUGGAAGCGAACUUCUCGACAGCGUCAGUGCGCUGUCCGACGGCGCGCAGUUUGCCCGCCAGGCUGUCCGCGUCCUGCGCGACCUCGUCGCUAAGGUUGACGUUGGCCCCAAGGAGAAGCCGGCCGUCGCUGCUGGAUCGCCCCACCCCAACGGCAAGCUCUCGCCCCAGCUCGCCAACGGUAACUCCUCUGCCUCGCCGCAGCGCGAGCAGACCUCGGAGUUGCGUGACCGAGAGGACCGCGAGCGCUCUGAGCGCAGCGGCGACCGCGAGCGCACUCCCAGCUCGAACCCCUACAUCCCUGCUGUCAACGCCUGGCUCGACACCUGGAAGGCGUCGAGCACGCACGAUGCCAUCAACCUCGACUACCUGCUCAAGGAGGCCGACUGGGCCUCGUGGGAGAAGGUUCUCGCUGGCAUGUAA